UGUGAGGCCUUCGUGCACCUGACAAGGCAGUCCAAAAUUGGGAAACUUAAAGUGUACAAGCUCCGCCUUGAUCACAAUCAUGAUUGCAAUGAAGUGACAGUGUCAGGUUACCCAGAAAGCCGCAGACUGUCAGAUUCUUCGAAAGCCAAUGUGUUGGAAUAUUCCAAACUGAAAGCCAAACCCACAUUGGUGAAGCCAUUGCUGAGACAAAGUGAAGGACUUAACAAGAUAAUUCUUAGCAGGGAUAUAUCUAACGUUCGGUUGGUUGUCUCUACCAAAGCUAAACUCUUACUCAGAAACGGAAGAAGUGAUGAGCAGAUGCUAAUUGAUAAAUUGGCAGAAGUUCACGCAAAGGAUCCGAAUGCUGUUUCUCAUAUUGAGUUUGACCCUGUUUCUAAGGAGGUAAUAUUUAUACUCCUACAAACUAGUGAGAUGAGGGAAAUGCUGAAGCAAUUCCCUGAAGUAAUUUUGAUGGACAUAACGUACAAGAUUAACAAGAACCGCAUGCCUGUCAGUGUAGUCGAAGUAAUGGAUGAAGAAGGAUUGGGUCAAGUUGUUGCCUACAUAUUCUUGGCAAAUGAGCUUAAAGAGACACUCACAUCUGCACUCAUGUGCUUUGCUGAUGCAAGUGGGAAAGAAAUCUUGGACCAAACUAACUGUGUUGUAGUUGACAAGGAUUUCUCUGAGAUUGGUGCUGUGAAAGCUGUUAUGCCCAACGCCAAGAUUCACCUGUGCAGUGUCCAUGUUGAAAGAAAUUUGAAGGGUGCUGCAACAGGGGAAAAGAAUCGCAAACAGGCUAUUGCUGCCUUCCAUGAUAUGGUGUACUCAGAAACUGAUGACGAGUUUCAAACUCACUUGUCAAAAUUCCAAGAAGCAGCCUCAGUCAAGUUAUACUCGUAUUUUGAUAAAAAUUGGCUGAAGUGCAAAGAGGCUUGGGCUUUAAAAGACCGUAUUCUUGUGAAGACACUCAGAAAUCACACUACCAAUCGUGUGGAGAGCCACAAUCAGAAACUCAAAAUGAUCUUCAGUUGUGACACAGAAUUGUAUGACGCAAUUGAUGGUAUAGUUAACAUCCUAAUGGAGAAUAGAAGAGACGACCUUCGUUACAGAGCGCAUGAGACUCUCACAAAAAAAACUUAUAUUCUCAAAUGCAGCAACCCACUUGUUUCUGUGAUUUGCAACGACCUUUCUGAGUUUGCUGCCAAACUUGUCAAUGAGCAGCUUAGUCUUUCAGGUGGUCCCUCCCCUUUUCCUGACAAGUACCAAGUUUCAGAGAAUUCUUGCUCUUGCAGCCUCUUUAUGACCAUGGAGCUUCCCUGUCGCCACAUCAUGCGACUCAGAAAGGAGAAAGGUUUGCCAGAAUAUGACAAGAAUAUUGUAUCUAAGAGAUGGUGGUUAAAACCCAGAAACUUUGGUAAAUCUACAGUGGAGGGAGCUAAUAGUACAGUAAUAAAAGCAAGGAUGCCAGCACAGCGUGUAGCCUGUGUAAUGAAUAGCCGAGAGAAGUUCCGUGAAAUAGCUCCUCUCACUCAGAAAAUAAACAGCCUUGUAACUGAUUCAGGAACCAAGACUUUCCAUAGAAGACGCCAAGUUUUAAGCGACAUUGUGCAAGCUUGGUCAAAUGGUGAAGAAGUAUCCCUUGUGCACGUCUCCCACACCAACCAAGAAGUUUUUACUGAUAUAAGAGCACAACAGGACUCAUCUCAUGACAGUAAGUAUUAG